GCUGUAACAUAGAUCAUGAGCAGGUAAUGCACAAGGAGUGCUAUUGGAAAUCAUGUCGGACGAGUCAGUCUCAGGGAGUGAUCCAGAUGUGGACCCAGAUUUGGAGCAGGAGGAUAUGGAAGAGGAAGAGGAGGAAGAAGAUGAUGAGGAAACAAUGGAGGAGGACAAUGAUGGAGAUGAUGAAGAGGACUUACUUGAUGAGAAUGACCAGUCCCGUGAAGCAGUGUUUGAAAGUGAUCUUGUUCAACGUGGGGAAGAUGGGGAAUGGCAGCACUCUACUUCAACUACCUCAUCUCAGGGUGAACAGGCAGAGAAACUGUUGCAGAACCAGCACAAGAGCCUGGCCUCUGAGGACACCAAAAAGAAGAGGGCUCAGAAACCUUCUCACAUGAGGAGGAACAUAAGAAAGCUGCUGCGGGAAGACCAGCUGGAGGCUGUGACUAAAGCAGCGCAGCAGGAAGAACUAGAAAGAAGGAAACGGCUGGAGCAGCAAAGGAAGGAUUAUCAAGCCAGCAUCCCCACAGUACCUCUAGAGUUUCUCCCAGAGGAAAUUGCUUUAAGGACUGCAGAAGUUGCUCAGCUUCCACCCCAGGUGUUAACUGAGGAGGUCAUCUGCUUAGACAGCACCAGCAGUGGGAGUGAGGAUGACUCCAAAGGAAGACUCCACAGCAUUAAAGAUGAAGUGAUAGAAUUAAGUUCAGGAGAAGAUGAAGCCCUCCAUAUUGUAGACAGCAGUGAUUCUGGCAAUGAAGGGGAUGAUGAUACUAAUGAAGAGAGCAGUGGUGCUCAUGUGAAUGAUGCUCUAAAUCAGUUAGAUGCUUCAGGGCAAGCCAUCAUUAACAUCAACCAUCCACCAAAUGAAGAAGACAUUUAUCUGGCUCCUCAACUUGCACGAGCAGUAAAGCCUCACCAGAUUGGUGGUAUUCGUUUCCUGUAUGACAAUUUGGUGGAAUCUCUGGACAGAUUUAAAACUAGCAGUGGGUUUGGCUGUAUCUUAGCUCAUAGCAUGGGGCUGGGCAAGACUCUGCAAGUCAUCUCCUUUUUGGAUGUACUUUUCCGUCAUAUUGAAGCAAAGACCGUCCUGGCCAUUGUACCUGUAAAUACUCUUCAGAACUGGUUAGCAGAGUUCAACAUGUGGCUUCCAGCACCAGAAGCCCUUCCUGCUGGCUAUGACCCAAAAGAGAUUCAGCCCCGCACUUUCAAAGUCCAUAUCUUGAAUGAUGAACACAAGACCACUGCAGCACGUGCCAGAGUGGUAACUGACUGGGUGACAGAUGGUGGUGUAUUGUUGAUGGGCUAUGAGAUGUACCGCCUGCUUUCAUUGAAGAAAUCCUUUGCUACAGGCAGAAAGAAGAAAAGCAAAAAGCAAACUGGCCCUGUCAUUAUUGAUGUGGAUGAAGAAGAUCGUCAGCAGGAGCUCUUAAAAGGAAUUGAGAAAGCUUUAUCCCGGCCUGGACCAGAUGUGGUCAUCUGUGAUGAGGGUCACCGGAUAAAGAAUUGUCAUGCAAGCACUUCUCAGGCUUUGAAAAACAUCCGAUCUCGGCGAAGGGUAGUACUGACUGGCUAUCCUCUGCAGAACAAUCUAAUUGAAUACUGGUGUAUGGUAGACUUUGUGCGCCCUGACUUUCUUGGUACCCGGCAGGAAUUCAGUAAUAUGUUUGAGCGCCCUAUCCUGAAUGGACAGUGUAUUGACAGCACUCCUCAAGAUGUUCGUCUCAUGAGGUAUCGCAGUCAUGUCCUCCAUAGCCUGUUGGAAGGCUUUGUGCAAAGACGAGGGCAUAAUGUGCUGAAAAUUCAGCUUCCCUAUAAGGAAGAACACGUUAUCUUGGUGCGUUUGUCAAAAAUCCAGCGGGCUCUUUAUACUGAGUUCAUGAAUCGGUUUCGUGAUGCAGGCAACAGUGGCUGGCUGGGACUGAACCCACUUAAAGCUUUCUGUGUUUGUUGUAAGAUAUGGAAUCACCCUGAUGUGCUAUAUGAAGCAUUGCAAAAAGAAAACUUGGCAAAUGAGCAAGAUCUGGAUGUGGAUGACCUUGGCACAGCUGGUACCAAUUCUCGCUGCCAGUCACAGGGCAUAAAAGUGAAAACAGAGAGCAAUGCUCUGCCAUCUCCAAUUGGGGAGGCUACCAAUAGCAAGUACAUUCAGGGCAUUGGCUUCAGUCCCUUUCAGGAGAGAGCCAAUCAGGUUGUAACAUAUGAAUGGGCUAAAGACAUCCUUUGUGAUUAUCAGACAGGAGUCUUACAAAAUUCACCUAAGAUGGUGAUUUUGUUUCAUCUAGUAGAAGAAAGUGUGAAACUAGGAGAUAAAAUACUGGUGUUCAGCCAAAGCCUUUCUACAUUGUCUGUCAUUGAAGAUUUCUUGGCAAAAAGGCCAGUGCCUUCUCCCCCAGGCUUGGAUGCACAAGGAAUCCAUAACUGGGUCCGAAAUGUGAAUUAUUAUAGACUGGAUGGAAGUACCUCUGCCUCAGAGAGAGAACGAUUGAUUAACCAGUUCAAUGAUCCUAACAACACUUCUGUUUGUCUCUUCCUUCUUUCAACAAGAGCUGGGUGUUUAGGUGUGAACCUUAUUGGUGCAAACAGAGUGGUAGUAUUUGACGCUUCUUGGAAUCCAUGCCAUGAUGCACAGGCAGUAUGUCGGGUAUAUCGUUAUGGACAGAAGAAGCCUUGCCACAUUUACCGACUAGUUUCUGAUUUCACUUUGGAAAAGAAAAUUUAUGAUCGUCAGAUCUCCAAGCAAGGGAUGUCAGAUCGUGUUGUGGAUGACUUGAAUCCAGUGUUGAACUUUACCAGGAGGGAGGUGGAAAACUUGCUGCACUUUGUGGAAGAGGAACCUGAGCCUGCCCAGCUUUCAUUUAGUCCCAGUAAGAUCAAGGAGUCUGUUUUACAGCUGGCCUGUCUCAAGUACCCUCACCUCAUCACCAAGGAGCCUUUCCAGCAUGAGUCACUGCUGAUCGAUCGCAAAGAGCACAAGCUCACCAAGGCAGAGAAAAAAGCUGCAAAAAAGAGCUAUGAGGAAGAGAAACGUGCAUCUGUCCCUUAUACCCGUCCUUCCUAUGCUCAGUAUUACCCAGUCACUGACCAGAAUCUGACAAGUAUUCCUGCCUUCAGUCAAAGGAACUGGCGACCAAGCCUCAAAGGUGAGGACAGGCCAGUGGCAAGCGUGCGUCCCGUUCAGUCUACCCCUAUUCCGAUGAUGCCUCGCCAUGUCCCCUUAGGCAGCAUGGGAGCAGCUUCAGUUUCCAAUCCUGCAAUUAACUUCCCCAUCAAUUACCUGCAGCGAGCUGGGGUUCUUGUGCAGAAGAUUGUCACCACAACAGAUAUAGUGAUUCCAGGUACGAAUACUUCCACGGAUGUGCAGGCAAGAAUCAGCGCUGGUGAAAGCAUACAUAUCAUCCGUGGGACUAAAGGAACAUACAUCCGGACCAGUGAUGGACGGAUCUUUGCUAUCCGAACCACUGGCAAGUCAAAGGGCAAUGAAGAUCAUCGCAUGGUUGCUUCAGGAUCCCAGGGUCCAUCGCUUGAAUCCACAAGCAAUGGCAGACACAAUGCCUCAUCACCCAAACUUCCCAACACAGAGGAGCUCACUCGGCCUAUUUCUCCGGACAGUCCUGAAAUCAUCAGUGAACUGCAACAAUAUGCGGAGGCGGCGGCUGCCCGUGAGUCCAAACACAACUCUCCUACCACCAACACUACGCCUGGACAUCCCACUCGGAAAGACAAUGCAGCCCAUUCAACAGCUCGUGGAACUGAGCAACGAGUAGGGGCCCAUGGUUUGGCUUCUUCAUCAGCCUUGCCAGCCACCAGUCAACAUGUUGACAGCCACUCAGUGCUGGACUUACGAGGCAACAAGCGUAAGUCAGCUUCACCAUCUGGUCCAGAUGAGCAAACCCAUCGCCAGCAGAAGAAACGCUCACUGCCAACACAAGGUCAACCAUAUGAAAGUGGGUACCCUGUCUCUGGAGGGUUCACCAUGCCCUCUGUCCCUUUAAACCACAACUUAACCCAUCCAUUUGCUCCCCAAGCAGGCAACCCAUUGUACAUGGGCACAGGCUCAUCCUAUUACCAGCUGCCUAGCUUGCUGUCAGAUCCUCAUCUGGUGUUCCCUGUGACUACUGACCCUCUGCUGACAGUGGGCACUGCUAGUUCUUCUGCUGCUACCUCAGCCACCUCCAGCGUCCCCUCUUUCAUGUUAAACCCCUCCAUGACGGGGAUGCUCUCUAACUAUUCGCUGCCCUUCUCACAGUCACUCCUGCCUGAGCCCAGGAUGUUUGCUCCUUUUCCAGCCCCUGUCUUAUCCAGCAGCCUUCCCAGGAGCAUGGCAUCUGCCUACCCUGGCUUCAUGUCACCUCACGCGGGAUAUCCAGCGGGGGGCCUCCUUCGGUCUCAGGUGCCUCCAUUCGACACUCGUGAGGUCUCUGAGGUGGGCUGCAGCUCCAACGAGGAUGAGGACAAAGAUGAUGAUGUAAUAGAAAUCACAGGGAAGUAAUGGGCCUAGUAACUUCUUUUAGAUUGCAUCUCAGUCAGGAGGCAAAAAUUCCUCACUGGACCUUUCUGGGGUCAGGAUUUUAUAUCUAGAACACAGCAGAAGUGGAGGAGGAGGUUGGAAAGGAAAUGGCAUGUUUAGUUGUCAAAGAUCUGCUUUGUACGGGAACUGAACUGAAUGGACACCCCUCCCCCAAUAGUGGGGAGAAACAAGAGUUGGGCAAGGAAAGUGUCACUGCAAACCACAGGAGUGCCUCCUUGACUUUCCUUCCCAUGCUGUCUGUGUUGUCCAAAAGGAAGACUUGCCAUUAAUAUUCCAGUGCCCUUUGUUAGACUGGAGACACCGGGCUGAUCUUUUUUUUUCUUUUGUCUGUGGAAUAACACUCAUACACAAACGGCCUUAUCUGAGAAAGUUCACGGUCCCAUGAUCAAAACCGGGAGAUUUUGUGCCCUAAGAAACCUGAGGAUGAGCUGCAUUCUUAAUGGAGGGAGGGAGGUGGGAAAGGAAGGAGCAGGCAAUGUGU